AUGCCGGCAUCUAUCAAUUACAGGGUCGUUGAACCUCACCCUUCCGUCCCUCAUACCUCCCGCCCCGCUCUCCAUACGGCUCGCGGAGGCGCUGGCAAUGUCAUCAGUCUCAAGAACACCAAGACUACCGACUCUCGCUCGGCCACCGGUCCCGCGUCUCUGACGCGCCUGGACUCGCAUGUCCCCAGCACCUUCAAGUCCGGCCGCGGCGGCGCCGGCAACGUCCACAGCAGCAGUGAGCGCGCCAUGUUCAGCUUCGACGAGGAACUAGAACGGGACCUGCGUCGCGCCGCCCCCGUCUACCACGUCGGCCGUGGUGGUGCCGGCAACAUGGUCCACCGGGACACCUCCAGCAGUGGCAGCAGUCUGUCGCGCAAGUUCUCCGCCAGCAGCAAUGCUACCUCGAGUAGUGCCGGUUCGACUAGUUCGGCUCGCGAAAAGGCCCUGCGCGGCCUGGAGAAGGGCUGGGGCAAGCUCAGAGGAAUGGCUUAG